ACCGCCCACACAGCUUAGCAACGUGAUUGGCUUCCGCUAAGCCCCGCCUUGGCCACGCCUCCAAGCUGUGUUGUUUCUACCUCCGUCCCUCCUCCGUGUCACCUGUGUACCCCGUGACUGCGGUGGCAAUCAUGGAGAGGAAUGUCACCAGUGACACCGUGGAAGUGCUACCCCAGCACAAGUUCGACAUCAGGUCCCUGGAGGCCUACCUGAAUCAGCAUUUGCCUGGCUUUGGGUCAGAUUCCCGGGCUGUGCUGACCAUAACUCAAUACAGAUCAGGACAGUCCAAUCCAACCUUUUUCCUCCAGAAAGGAUCUCAAGCCUAUGUUCUGAGGAAGAAACCACCGGGCUCUCUCCUUCCCAAAGCACACAAGAUUGAUAGAGAAUUCAAAGUCCAGAAAGCCUUGUUUUCCAUUGGAUUCCCUGUCCCCAAGCCUCUACUGUACUGCAACAAUGCUGCCAUCAUUGGAACAGAGUUUUAUGUAAUGGAGCAUGUGCAGGGUCGCAUCUUCCGUGAUUUUUCAAUUCCUGGAGUUAGCCCAGCAGAGCGUGCAGCUAUAUAUGUGGCUGCAAUAGAAGCCUUAGCGUGGCUACAUUCACUGAAUGUAAAGUCACUGCAGCUAGAUGGAUAUGGUAAUGGAGUCGGGUACUGCAAAAGACAGGUAUCCACCUGGACAAAGCAGUACCAGGCUUCAGCCCAUCAGGAUAUCCCUGCCAUGGACCACCUCUCCAAGUGGCUAAUGAAGAACUUGCCAGAUAAUGACAAUGAGGAGAGUCUGAUUCAUGGAGACUUCAAGCUGGAUAACAUAGUUUUCCACCCCAAAGAGAGUCGGGUUAUAGCAGUACUGGACUGGGAGCUUUCAACCUUUGGCCACCCUUUGUCGGACUUAGCCCAUCUGUCCUUGUUUUACUUUUGGCCCAGGACACUGCCCAUGAUAAACGGAGGCUCUCACAUUCAAGAGAACACAGGAAUACCAUUGAUGGAAGAGCUGAUUUCGAUAUAUUGCCAUCGCAGGGGAAUUGACCCUAAUCUUCCUAACUGGAAUUUCUUUAUGGCCCUUUCUUUCUUUAAAUUGGCUGGGAUAUCACAGGGAGUCUACAGGAGAUUCCUCUUGGGAAAUAACUCAUCUGAGGACAGCUUUAUGACUGCCAAUACUGUGCAACCCCUGGCAGAAACUGGAUUACAGCUCUCAAAAAGAACCUUCAUUACUGCACCACUGCAGGCUGAUCCUAAGAAGCAGUUGUUUGCACAGACCAGGAGAGGCCAGGAAGUGCUUAGCAAAGUGAAGCGGUUCAUGAGGCAGCACAUCUUUCCUGCGGAGAAGGAAGUAGCAGAAUACUAUGCUCAAAAUGGAAACUCAGUGGAGAAGUGGGGACACCCCUUAGUGAUUGAAAAACUAAAGGAAAUGGCCAAAGCAGAGGGCCUGUGGAACUUGUUCUUGCCAGCUGCGAGUGGUCUCAGUCAGCUGGACUAUGCCUUGAUUGCCGAAGAGACCGGAAAAUGUUUUUUUGCUCCAGAUGUUUUUAACUGCCAAGCACCAGACACAGGCAACAUGGAGGUACUGCACCUGUAUGGCAGCGAGCAGCAGAAGAAGCAGUGGCUGGAGCCUCUCCUUCGUGGAGACAUCACCUCUUCAUUCUGUAUGACAGAGCCCAAUGUCUCAUCAAGUGAUGCCACAAACAUUGAAUGUAGCAUCCAGCAAGAUGGAGAUAGCUAUAUAGUUCAUGGCAAGAAGUGGUGGAGCAGCGGAGCUGGGAACCCCAAGUGUAAAAUCGCAAUUGUUUUGGGAAGAACAGAAGCUGCUUCUCUAUCCAGACACAAACAACACAGCAUGAUUCUUGUUCCAAUGGACACACCUGGAGUAGAGCUGAUAAGGCCUCUGUCAGUGUUUGGCUACCUAGAUAAUAUUCAUGGUGGACACUGGGAGGUCCAUUUUAAUCAUGUGCGAGUUCCUGCUACCAAUUUAAUACUGGGUGAAGGCAGGGGGUUUGAAAUUUCCCAAGGCCGCCUUGGACCUGGAAGAAUCCACCACUGCAUGAGAUCUGUGGGCCUGGCAGAGCGCAUGCUGCAGCUCAUGUGUGAGCGAGCGGUGCAGAGGGAAGCCUUCAAGAAGAAACUGUACGAACAUGAGGUUGUGGCUCACUGGAUCGCUAAAAGCCGCAUAGCCAUUGAGGAGAUCCGCUUGCUGACCCUGAAAGCAGCGCACAGCAUAGAUACCGUGGGCAGUGCUGCAGCCAGGAAGGAGAUUGCAAUGAUCAAAGUGGCUGCCCCAAAAACCGUCUGCAAAAUAGCUGACCGGGCCAUCCAGGUGCAUGGAGGGGCAGGCGUUUCCCAGGAUUACCCUCUAGCCAACAUGUAUGCCAUGAUCCGCACCCUGCGCUUAGCAGAUGGACCUGAUGAAGUCCACCUCUCUGCAAUUGCCAAAAUGGAGCUUCGGGACCAAGCUAGACGAUUGACAGCCAGGAUGUGAGGGGGGCUGCCCUACCCCAUCUCCUGGCUGGAGAGGCUUGAACGCUCUUAAUCAGCUCCAAAACUUAGGCCGUCCAUUUCUGCAGUAGUUUGAGUACAAGGCUAAUUCUUCACCCAUGGUAAAGAUUUUAGCAUCUGUUUUGAUUAUUGAGUUUUGUAAUGUUAAGGAUCACACAGAUGUGAGGUAAUUAGGAAAUCCUAUGACUGUCAUCAUUGGGUCUAGUGUCUAACGGUUUAGCAUUUGCCCUAUACCCGUGUGGCCUGUGACGAGGUGGCACUGGGGCUGUUUCUGGAUCAUCAGCAUGAAGAGCUCUUCCCCUUGACUUCCAGAAACUAAGCCUUGUGAAUAGACACCCCAGGUCCCUUUUAUCUUGUCUUGAAACAUAUGUAGUUGUCCCCCUAUGAUAGUGUUCUGGGGUAGUUUAGCACCUCAGAGAAAGACAUAACUGGAGGUUUUCAGAGUGUCCAUGAAAAGCCUCUUCCUAACCCAGCAGGAAGCAGUUCUGGUGAGAGUCCACAAGAAAAUGUAGCGUGUUAAGAGACCGUAUAAUCAAGCCCACCUAAGUUACAUAGAAAAUGCUCACAAGUGUGACCAAUAACAGUCUGUGCCACAUGGCACUCUUUAGUUCCAUGAGAGCUGGUCUGGUCAGUCACCCCUGAGGCUGGUCCUGUCAGAGCUGCCCCUGCAGUGCACUUGUGGGCCACUGCCAUUCUCCAUACCAAAAUGUCACUGGUGCAGUAGAGGAACCAAACUUUUCGUUCAAAUGCAUAUUUUCAGUUUGAUUGCUGGGAAAACUGUUAAGUAUAGCUGGAAAGGCUUGGGGGUGUGGAUCUACUUUAUUUAGUAUGACUGUUUUGAAAUCUCAACACAGAGACAUAUUUUAAAUCAAAAUUUGGCAUCCAAAUAAACAAUGUAAAAUACAUACUGGAUUUUAAAAACUCAAGUGAAAAUAAUUUAAAAUAGCUCAUUGAUCAUAUAUUGAAUUAUAUUUUGGGUUGAAUAAAAUAUUCAAUAAAAUAAAA